GAAGUGGAUCCACAGCGCACGGUAAUGAUGGAGGGGGUCGUCGUCGCUUAUUAACAGCCAGUCGUUGUCGUCGUGGUCGUCGUGGUCGUGGUCGUCGCCGUCGCCGCAUCUAGCCACCCGAACACACUACGUUGCGGUGUGCCGUGUUGGAAGGCAGUGUUUAGGAAAAGGUGGAAUUUUGCAACCUCAGGGGCUACUUCGGUUCGGUGUUCUUGGUUUGCCUGGAGGUAGGUGCACACUGCACCGCGAGCACCAUGAAAACCCGCAGCAAGAAAAAGCAAGCUCUGUUUAACGGCACAAAAAGUGGCAAAGCACCACCACCGGCAACAACAACGCCGCCCCAACCUCGGUCAAUCAUGGACAGUGCAACCGGGUCCGGUCUGAUGGAGGAGUACGAUCUGAUGAAGCAGCAGAAGUACCGCGUGUACAUCUCGAACAUAGAUAAGGCGCUGAAGAACUUCGAAUACUCCAGCGAAUGGGCCGAUCUCAUCUCGGCCCUCGGCAAGCUGAACAAAGUGAUCAGCUCGAACGCACAGUAUCAGAUCAUUCCGCGGCGGAUCAAAAUAUCCAAACGCCUGGCACAAUGUAUGCAUCCGGCCCUGCCGUCUGGCGUUCAUCUGAAAGCGCUGGAAUCGUACGACGUCAUCUUCAGCAACAUUGGCGUGGAGAGGCUUGCCUCGGAGCUGUUCAUCUACAGUGCGGGGCUGUUCCCGUUGCUAGGCUACUCGGCGAUGAACGUACGGCCUACGUUGCUUUCCAUCUACGAGAAGUAUUUCGUGCCGCUGGGUGAGAAGCUACGACCGGCGCUGAGCGGGUUCCUAAGUGGAGUGUUCCCGGGCCUUGAAGCUGGACAGGAUCACUUCGAGCGUACCAACCAGCUGCUGGACAAGGUGUGCAUCGCCGUGCAGCUCGAAUGUUUCUACACCUGUCUGUGGGAGUGCAUCGUGACGAAUGCGUCCGUGCGACUGCCAGCCAUAACGUACGUGCUGGAGCAUUACGACAAGAAAGUACCGUGCGCUGCGCAGCGCGAACUGAUGGGUAGCAGCGCGGAGCUGAUGGUGAAUGGGCUGUGCAGUUGCCUGAGCGAUGCUGUUAUACUGGUGCAGCGCAAUACGCUGGAGUUUCUGCUGCUGGCCUUUCCCAUGCACGAUCCACUGCUGUCGGAGAUGUACACAACCCGGCUGGUGAAGACGGCACUGAACACAAUCUUGCGGCGGGAUAUGUCGCUGAAUCGGCGACUCUACUCCUGGCUGCUCGGAUCCGACACCAGCAUGGGCAAACAUAUGCAGGGAGCGGCAGCCGUAGGUACAGCAGCCGCGUUGCAGGGAAGCUCUACCGAGCCGUACGAUCCGAACACGUACUUCGAACGACAUGCCAAAAAGCGCUUGAUAGCCGCCUUCAAGAUGGUGCUAAAGGAAAGCAUUGCGCACACUCCGGUCGAUCUGAGCCCGUACCGGAUACUGAUAUCGCUGCUGGACAAGGCCGAAAUAGGGCUGCGCAUUCUGGACGAUGUGCUGUGUGACAUUAUUCGUGCAAUAUCGCUGUGCAACGGCAAUCUGGAGGUGCAAAAGUCGGCCAACUUGCUGUUCUCGACGUUUGACCCGGCCUACAUCUGGAACUACAUGGCGCGGCUGUACCGUGAGGCGGCAACCCGACCGGAAAGGCAACGCACCGACACGGAUCCGAUACGGAUCGAUUCCGGCCCGGCCACCACGGUGGAGGUGUGUCAUCUGACCGAGUUCCUGCUGGAAACGCUCUCGCUGGAGAUGUACAACGAGACCACGCGCGUCCAUCUGCCCAAGUUCCUACUGUCGCUGAUCCGCAUGCUUACCACGUACGAAAGCAACAUGCACUCGAUUGAGGUGGGCUCGUCGUUGCGGUUGCUGGUAAAGAUCGUCUCCAAAAUCCAGCCCAUGAUCAUGUCCGAGAAGGUGCUGGAUCUUUCGAUAAGCAGGGGGACCAGUGCAACGCCUCAGAAUGGUGGCGGGCUGCAGAGUGGCGAGGCGGCGAAGGAGUGUAACAAUCUGGAAAAGAGCAGCAGUGAUUCGAAAAUACACGAAACCUCUCUGCAGGUGAUGGAAAAUGGACCCUUUCAGCGGUCCAGCUCCAGCCAGGGACUGCAUAAAAAGGGCAGGAGUGGAGGUUCGGGAGGAUCGGGCAGUGGAAAGUACAGCAAGAAGAGCAAAAAGUCCAAGUCAUACACAAAGCUGAGCGAGCUUAGCUCGAGCCGGGAGGGCUCACUGAAGGGUAGCAAAACGAAGAUCAACCGGGCCGAGUCGGAGUUGAAGAUUACUGGAGCGAGCUCGACGCCAAACUUGGAGAACGAUGUCGCCGGUGUGAAUGGCAGCGAGUUGGCAAGUGGCGCCGAAGAGGACACAAUGGAGAGGAAACGGUUUAGCUGUAGCAGUAGCAGCAGCACGAGUAGCAGCAGUAGUAGCAGCUACAGCAGUAACUCAAACAGCACUCGAAGCCGCAGCAGCACUGGCAGUGUAGCGGAGGAAGCGGGAGUCGCGGGGAAAGGAAUCAUCAUACAGGUGCAACCCUCGGAUGCUGGUUCCGUUGGUUCGGCGAUCGCGCAACUACCCGACUGUCCCAUUCUGGAUCGGUGCAUACGACAGUAUGUGUCGUUUUUCGAGCUGUACAUCUGCCGGAAGCUGCUAUCGCAAGUGGACGGCUCCGGCGGAGAGCAUGUCAGUCUGCAGGACAACGUUAUUCUCAAUGCAAACGAUCCCGCUGGUGGCUUGGCGUCUGCGAACGAUCAGGACCUGGUGGUGAUAAACACGCUGAUUUGCGAGCUGGAAGAAGUGUUUGAAACACUGCUGACAAACUCCCAAUCAUCACGCGUAAAGCUGACUGCCAUGCUGGCCCAAUCGGUGGAAGGACGCUCCAGUGCGACUAGUACGAAGACGCCAAACCGAGAGCUGAACCGCAAGCAGGAGUACGAAAUAGCGCAGCUGGUGCGCGGCAAUGAAAAAUUGUCCCGCGUGUCGCUUACUUCGAUCAGCGAGUCGCUAAGAAACGCACUUAAGCUAGCGUGCAAUGUGCUGACGGAAAUGUCAUCGUUUCCCAGCUACCGCAAUGAAACAGGCAACACGGAGCGGCUGGACGAUGUGCCCGGCUGGCUGAAGGCAUUGACCGUGCUGGCAAUCUUUGUUAACGAUCUCGAUACGCAACUGUCGGCAGCGCAAACGCUAAUCGAUAUGAUUGGGCUGCUGCGAACGAACGGGAAGAAAUCUUCCAAGGAUUCCGGCAACGGCAAAACGAUCGUGCUCAUGAUGCCGCUGUUGAAGCUGUCGCACGUAAACUGUCUGGAAAGGCGCACGAAAGUGUUCCAAGUGCUGACCACCAUGCUUUGGGACUAUCUGGAUGCGUCGCGACCCGAGGCACGCGCCAUUAGUUUGCUGCUAUAUCGCAUACACAAUUGCCUGGAUAGUCGUUUUACGGAGGACGUCAUCAUCAAUCGACUGCUGGUGCCGCAAACCCUGUUUGACGAUGAUGAAACGGCCGAGGCACACUAUCGCGGUGUGGUGGAGCGUACGGUACGGCGGAAGGAUCCGUCCGCUCUGCACGCCCUGUGGCAAACGCCGGUGCUGGCAAAAACGGAACUGAAGAUUGAUUCGGAGGGUUUCCGAAAGUUUCAACUGCUGUGGAAGCUCGGCCGUGACACGUAUCACGGGAAUGAGUUUGAGAAGCUUCUCUUCUUGGUGCUGGAUUCGCUCACCCUGCCGCGGAAUGUGUCGAUUCAGGUGAAAACUGCCAACUGGUUGCGGGAAGCGCUGGUGCGUGGAGAUAUAGGACGAAUCUUGAAGUUGUUGCUGAAGAUUCUGCUCAACGAAAGCACGAAACGUUUGAGCGUUUUCUGCCCGAAGCGUUUGCGUGGUACGGGAGGAGAGUUUGAGGACGGUGGGGCAGCAAACGGUGGUUCGGUGAGCGAGUGGGAGAAGGAGCUGCUAGCCGACGCGGAUGUGCAGCUGAAUCAGGCUUGCUUUGCGGUCAGUUCCGAAGACGGUCAGAUACGGUACCAUAUGGAUCCGGCGGCCGGAUUGGGCAAGAAGCGUAGUCCGAUCAGAUCGAUACAGAAGAAGAUAUUUGGUGUCUCGAUUGGCGGUGGAGGCAGUGGAAGCUCGAAGGGAGGCGAUCCGGGACGUUCCAGCGCUCCCGGAAGCAGUGGUCAGUUGAUCGUGUCCAAUUACGUGACGAACGAGAGUGUUGGAAAGAAGACGGCUCAGCAAUCGUCCGAGCUGGGAGACGAUGGAGGCCAGUAUGGGAAAAUAUCGGUAAUUAUCAAUCCACUAGAAUCGGACCAACUACCGGGGUGUAGCAUUGCGGGUCAACCGUCGAAAGGCAAUGGAAUGAGAAAUCGAUCCAACUCUAUGGGUCUUUUGGCGGCGGGUGACAUGGACAGCGGUAUAUCGGAACCGAGCUCACUGGCUACCCCCGGCGGAAGUUCGUCCCAGUUCGGCAAGAAGGAAUUCCAUCGAUCAACAUCCGACCUCGAUGACACAAACGACAGUGAGUCUGAUUUUCCAGGCCAUGGACGGGGAAAGCAACGAAACGGUCGAUUACGAGGCUCGGAGGGAUACGUCGAUAACGAACCAAUCAAACGGUACGUGGAGGACGGUCCGAUCGUGGACUUUAUCAGCAAAUCAAGCGACCGAUUUCGGAAUCGCAAAACGUACCUCAUCUCGUCGGGAAAUCUUUCUGGAGCGGGUGAAGACUCGCUACUUUCUGGAUCUUCCUACACGCUGACUAAUGGACUGUCACCGUCGGUAAAUGGAACAAUAACGACCGACGAAAUCAUGAACGAGGAUGGAAGCAUCACGAUGACCACAACCACCACCACCAGUGCGUCGGGAGAUUAUACAGGCCAUGAGGAGGACAAGCCCGCACCCAAGGUGACGUUCACACGCAUCAAGAGCUGGCGAAACGGGAACAAACUGUAUCCCUUCCAUACGCACUUUCUCGUGUACGAGUCGGUGUUCAACACGAAGCAGGUGCUCUACACGAUCGAAACGCUGCGAAACAUCCUCACGAAUGAUGCUCGCUUCUUUCUCUGCCUCUCGGUAACGACGUCCGUCUCGAGUGGACACAUCAAGUCGUUGCUGCUGCGCCACCGGCGCAACAUCUUUGGCAAGGGCUUUACGGAGGCACGGGACGACUCGGAGCAUCAGCAUCUGUACCGUGGAAGCAUGUACCUGGAGGUGAUCCUCACCGUGCUGCUGUACUACACGCGCAGCUACCAGACCGAUCAGGGUAGAGACGGCAAGGGAAGACAGCCCUCGCGUGACGAUUUCAACACGAACGCAAAGAUCCAGCUCGAGUGCAUCGAGCUGAUGACCACGAUCUUCGGCGAACUGCUAGCCGUGGUGCGAGAUGUGGGUAAAAAUCUCGCCAACUACGUAGCGGACCUGCUGGAGAAGUGCAAGGUGCAGAAGAUUGUGCUGUACUGCUUGGCGUCGUCGGUGAACUACUUCUCAAGCCCCGGUGGGUAUACCUGUCCCGCGGACGAGGUUCUUCGCUACAGCGAUCCGGAAAGUACGCGACAAAAUGCGGAAGCAUAUCAGAUAGAGCUGUUGCGCUUGCUGCUUGCCGUUUUGAAGUUAGAGCACGAAAUUACACUCCAACGCGCGGAUGGAGCCGAGGGAGCACCGACAACCGGAGCAUCCGGAACGACCAGCGUUGGUGGCUCUUCCACGGCAGCGGCCAGCAAGGGCGGUACAGCCACCAACUCGAGCGCUUCGCCCACGAAAGUGGCACCGGAAACGAAGCGUACCUAUCGAUACGCUCCGAACUUGCUGCUCGCCCAACAGCCCAUGUUCCUGUCUACUAUCCUGUCCGCACUGGCGUGCGAUCGGUUGCAGCACGUGCACAAAAACUGGACCGAUAUGAUAACGGCCUGUUUGACCUGCCUGCCGCCCGGCAAUCUUACCAACAUCGUGAUCAGCGUCAUUCACCAGCUGUGCAUCAACCUGGACCGGGUGACGCGUCGCGACCGCAUUCUCGUGCAAUCGAUCGACUACAUCGUCUCGCAGCUGGAAGCAAUCACCGUUCUUGCCCACUACUGCCUGUUAGAUAGCUCGCAACAGAUUUCCCUAGCCAGUAUGUUCAAUGCGUCGACCGGUUCGAGCAACGGAUUGACGGCUGCAGCCGCGAACCAGUCGGGCCAGAUCAUCAACAACAUAAUGAACGUGUUCCUGUCCUACUCGUCCUCGCUGCUGAGCGGUGGCAUCAAUCAGCAGGUGAAGAAGAGCCACCAGGAGGUGGCUAAAGCGGCGAUCCUGAGCCAUCUGCCUCGCAUCAUCAUCACCAUCGCAACGCUUUGGGAGACUAGCAUCAGUGAGUUCCGGCGGGUGAAGCAUCAGCUGCUCGAGUUCCUUAGCCCGAUCUCGAUGCACUACGGCACCAACUUCCUGACCGCGAUCGCUGUUGCCUGGUAUGAGCGAAGCAAUAGCGAUGCGACGACGUCGACGACGGGCAAGGCGUCAUCCUCCACGUCGGUGGUGGGGGCAGACGGGGCGGGCAGUGAAGCGCCGGAUGUGGAUUUCUUCGACAUUAUGUCCAAAGCGCUGCCCCAAGCGAGCGACAAUCAGCUGCUGCUGGUGAAACUGAUCACCGGCAUUCGGAUCAUGUCGGUGGAUUCGUUCAUUCAAACGAUGCAUCAGGUCAUAAAGAGUCCACCGCCAAUCUACCAGCCUCCGGCGGGACUCAACCUGGAGGUGAGCGCACUGGAGCUGCUGUACUUCUUCCUCAUAUCCGGUGUCUCACCUGCUCAGUACACAGACUGUUGGAGUUCGUUGUACGCGCUGCUGAAAGAUUGUUUGGCGCUGCAGAUAACGGCCCAGUUUGUGGCACUCUCGAUACUGAACGAGUUCGUGCAGCGCUGUCCCACGAUGCCGUUCUCGGACAAGAAGGAUCUGCGCGAUCUGCACGACGUGACGUCGCGUCUGGUGGAAGCGGUUUCGAACGUAGCCGGCUCCUGUCUCGAACAAACCACCUGGUUAAGGAGGAACCUCUCGGUGAAGGAGGAGUUCAGUUCGAUCGAAAGCACCGGCAAGGAUGGGCUGCUGAUGCCGUCCAGCCAGCACUACUCGAUACAGGCACAGUCGAUUUUGGCCUCCCUUCUAGCGUCCCUGCUCGAUGUGGCGUUCAGCUCGCAGGAGAAGGACAAGGUGACGACGAUCGUCACCGGUGUCAUGUACAAUAUUGUGCCUUACCUUAAAACGCACACCGUGAAGAACAUUCCGACGUUUCAUGCCUGCUCGAAUCUGUUGGCUAGCUUGAGCACGUAUCAGUACAUUCGGAAAGCUUGGAGGAAGGAUGCGCUCGAUCUGCUACUGGAUACGGCUUUCUUCCAAAUGGACAGUCGCUGCUUGCCGUACUGGAAAACUAUCCUUGAUAGUUUGAUGACCUGUGAUAAUACUACCUUUAGAGAUCUUAUGAAUCGUUUACCAUUAGCACAGACGGGAACGCUGAAUAUAUUUACGUCCAAGGAGCAGGAAUAUGAACAGCGUGCUCUGCUACUGAAGCGACUCGCUUUCAUCAUUUUCUGCAGCGAAGUCGAUCAGUACCACAAAUAUAUGCCGGAAAUUCAAGAGCAACUUGCCAACAGUUUGCGAUUGCCCCAGGUCGUACCGUUGAUUCAGUCGGCGGUGUUCCUGUGCUUCCGGGUGCUGCUGCUGCGUAUGUCGGCGGACCACGUGACCAGCCUGUGGCCGAUCAUUAUUGCCGAAAUGGUGCAAGUGUUCCUCUCCAUCGAGCAGGAGCUCAUGACGGACACGGAAGAAUUUAGGUCCCAAUCGAGUCAACAUAUUCGCAUGCUGUCGGGACUGGAUACGGCCUGGGUCACGAACACGAAUAACGGGCUCUACUCGUACGGGCAUCCGCACUGGCGAAUGGUGCAGCUGGAGACGGCCAAGUUGCUAGAGUUGGGUUGCGUUUUGCCGGCCACCAUUUUGCCACACUUCCAAAUGUAUCGAUGGGCAUUCGUUAGCAGUCAGAACGAGAACCUCCACAAAACGGGCGGUUACGAUGAGAAGAAAAUGGCCUUCAUACCUCACGUCUCGAGAAUAUCUCAGUUAAUGGAUCUUCGCUACACAUCUCACUCGCCGAAAACGCAAACGACCAAAGGCAAGCACAUCAUGCUGACCUGCCAGUCGAUCAACACGCUGCAGGACCUAUACGGCUUCUUCUCGACACUCUCGAUGCGCUGGCCCUCGCACAUUUCGUACAGUGACACGGAGAAGGACACGAAGCAAUGCUUGGAGGAGGUAGAGCACGUACUGGCACUGGACUUUCUGGAGAAAAUCCCCUCGACUAAAUAGUAGCAGCAAUCUUACUUCUAGUAAUAGCACUUCUUACAGUAAAAGAGUGAAAGAGAGCGCGAGCGAACAGCAGGGACACGCCACACUGGGUUAGCGCCAGUCGACGACCACGCAAUCCAUCACCAUUCGAAACCGAUUCGUGAUUUACUUCAGUAUUUUUUUGUAACUCUCCUCGAGUAGAAGCAGUAGGACCCAUGGCAGGCCAGAGUGUGCUCGUAAUUUGCUGUAGUGUAAGUGCUCCGUUCUUUCCCUCCCCUUUGGUGAGCUCCAUUUCUCAUAGUCAAUUCGAGAGCAUUGAUCCUGUUUCCGACAAAGAGUGGUGAAUCCUUUGGCAAUUCUCUACGCUGAUAAGAUUAACAUAAUUUAGUAUUUCGCGCAACCGAAAGGCACGAACUGAGUAGAAACCCGGUUGUGCCGGUCUUGAACGUGUGUGUGUGUGUGUCUCUGCGUGUGUCUAAGUAUGUGUGUGUGUGUAUAUGUUUAUGUGAUUUUAAGAUAUUACGACCAUAUUUGACCUAUCAAUGUUUCUAAAUAUUCGUCUAAUCGAGAGAGAGAGGGGCACGUGUUGGUUGAGAGAUAUUGGUAGUGUGAAAAUGCAAUUGCGAGGAGUAGUGCAGUGGGGGAGGUGUGUGCGUGUGUGGCGGAAACGAAGUGUGAUGUUAACAAGUAAGGUCAAGAUAAUGAUAACCGUUAGACGAAUGUUGUAUGUAUGCUUUAUCUAUAGAUGCAAGAAGUAAUCGGAAGGGCGCAGAAGAAUGUUAUCGUAAUUUAUGAUUGAUGCGUUAAGCAAAGAAUGAUUCAAUAAAAUGAUCAAUAAAAGCUGUUUCAAAUACA